AUGGCCGCCAUCGGCCUAGGUGGAACACUUUUAUACCACAACAACGAUCAGUUCCGCCAUGUCAUUAGUGCUGUUCAACGAUGCAGUAUAUCUGGCUAUGUUGGGGCCCGUGUAGCUUUGGAUUAUAAACUGACGCUGUCGCGCACGUAUGCUUCUGAAAGUGAAGCCGAAGAAGCAAAAAGGGCUUGUCAUUUGCGUUGUGCAAAUCGAGUUCUCCGGGGCUUGCAAACAUUAGGCGGUGUAUACGUUAAACUAGGGCAACAUGUGUCGGCCAUGGUAUACCUACUCCCAAUUGAGUGGACAUCCACCAUGGCAGUGUUGCAGGAUCGGUGCGAUCCUUCGUCCGAAGACGAGAUCCGUCAGUUGUUCCUCAGUGACUAUGGUCAACCCAUUGAAGACGUAUUUGAAGAGUUCGAUUGGAAGCCAAUUGGGGUGGCGUCAUUAGCGCAAGUACAUAAAGCACGACUACGCUCAACUGCGGAUGAAACAUACGAUGGAUGGGUAGCGGUGAAGCUCGAACAUCCGUCUCUGGAUGAAUUUUGUCAGAUCGAUAUGAAGACUGUCACGUUUAUUUUCGACAUUAUCAAACGAGCCUUCCCAGAUUUCGGAUUUGACUGGUUUGCAGACGAAAUGCGGGAAUCAUUACCCAAGGAACUCGAUUUUGUUCACGAAGCGCAAAAUGCCCGACAAGUGGAAGCUAAUUUCGCAGAGGAAAUCAAGGCACGAAAAAUCGCACUGGUUAUUCCCAAAGUCAUAUGGGCGAAACGGCGGAUCAUGUGUAUGGAGUUCAUUGAAGGAUCGCGGAUUGAUGAUCUUGAAUAUAUGAAGCGUCAUGGCAUCAAUCCACAAGAGGUCUCCUCCGAAUUGAUUCACGCUUUCUCGGAAAUGAUCUUUUUGCAUGGAUUUGUACACUGCGAUCCACAUCCCGGUAAUGUUAUCAUUCGCCACAGAAACGAGGGUGGUCGAUUCAAUUUCGAUCUUGUAUUGUUGGAUCAUGGAUUAUACCGAACAUUACCGCAGCAAUUGCGGGCAGACUACGCACAACUAUGGACAGCUUUGAUCAAAGGGGAUGAAAAAGGCAUCGAGAAAUAUUCACUACGGGUGGGAGGCACCGAAGUAUACCAGAUAUUUGCAUGCAUGCUGACAGGACGAGAAUGGGACACUAUCCAAUCAAUGGAUCUCAACUCGAUGAGAACGUCGGAUGAAUUGGGACGCAUGUCGAUGGGUGCCAUGGAACUCUUGAAAGAGAUUGCGGAUAUCCUUGGCAAAUUACCACGUGCCGUGCUGCUGCUCUUGAAAACGAACGACCUGCUGAGACACGUUGACGAAACGUUGAGUGUAGUACCUGAUCAGCGAAACACAUACCUUAUCAUGGGACGAUACUGUGCUCAAGCUGUAUGGCUGGAUACGAAGCAGUACCUUUUGAACCAAAUCCGAACGGUGGGACUAAACUGGAGGUUGACGAAACAUUUGUUCCAAGCAUGGUGGAACUAUGAAGCGCUGGAAUUUGGCUUAUGGUUCUAUCGCAUUCUCACAUCAUGGAAACAUAUGUUUCAAUCUAUAACACACUCAUAG